AUGGCGGAAUGUCUUCAUUGUGCAAGCUUAAUAAAUAUUGUAUUCUCUUGGACUAUAGAGGAUCUUAUCAACCAAAAUCUUUUCAAACACCAGGUGCCGAAGAUUCCAAUGACAUUUUUAUCAACAAAUGGUUACAUGAAUUCAUUCAUUCCUGCAUUGAUUGAGGAAACACAUUCUGAUCUGUCUUCAAGCUUGAUGAGUGUGGCACAAGCUUCUUUUUGUGAAAUCAGGACAAUGGAAACUUCUAAGCACUUUGCACCUCCCAAUAACUUGUUCUAUAACAUUACAUUGCAGAACACUAUUGAUGAGGUGAAUGGUUUAGGAAAAUAUGAACCUGAGGUUGGUGAUCUCAUUGCUUUUACCAAUAUUCGACCGAAAUCAAUAGAUGACUUGAGCAGGAUCAAAAGCUACUGUCAUAUAGCUUAUGUUUAUGAACCAAAAAAUGAAUUUACUGAUGAAAUUCCUAUAAUUUUGUCCAAGUACAUGGAGAUGCAUAGUAAAUUUGACGAUAGCAGGAACAAAGCUCAGAAAUUCUAUGCUGUUUAUCUCAUUAACAUGACAACAAAUGUUCGGAUUUGGAAUGCCUUGGUGGAAGGACCCAGAGCAAAUAUAAUUAAAAAAGUGUUGCAGCCUUAUUCAAUGAAAGAAGAAAACUGUCAAACUUGCUUAUCAGGAGAAAUUGUUAUUGGACCCCAUGUUCGAGUACAAAACAUAAUCAAAGCACAGAAUCUCAACAAAUCUCAAGAAGAUGCCAUUCUAAGUUGUGUUAGUAUGACCAAAUGUCAACAUAAAGAUCCUACAAAACUCAUAUGGGGUCCACCCGGAACCGGGAAAACAAAGACAGUUGCUUUAAUGCUAUUUUGUCUGCUAAAGUUAAAAAUCACAACAGUGACAUGUGCUCCUACUAAUACUGCAGUGUUAGCCGUGGCGUCGCGCCUUCACAGCAUAGCUAAGGAUUCACUUGAACAUGGUUCGUAUGGUCUUGGUGACAUAGUGCUAUUUGGCAAUGAAAAAAGAAUGAAACUAGAUUCUUAUAAGGGUCUUGGAGAAGUGUUUUUGAAUAAUAGAGUAAAGGAUUUGUUACGCUGUUUUGCUCCAAUGACUGGUUGGGAAAGUUGUUUGGAAUCAAUGAUCAAGUUACUAAAGAAUCCUGAACAGCAAUAUUCUUUGUAUAAGAAUAAUAAUAAAAAUGUGAAGGAACAUGACAAAGAUGUUAUGUCAUUAGAAGAAUUUGUGAAGGGAAAUGACAGCCAUGUCAGUCAUGCAUAUUUUAAUUACAAGAGACGUUGUAAAUAUCGUUCUGUUAUGACAUUGGAGCAGUUUGUAAAGAAGAGAUAUGAUUACAUUGUAGAGCAAUAUGAUGUAUAUAAAGAUGAUAAAAAGUUAAGUGUUGGUAUGAGUAUGGAGAACUAUUUAAGACAAAGAUUCUGUAUCAUUGGAGGGAGGUUAAAGUCAUUCAUGAAAACUUUGUAUACUCACUUACCAACAUGUUUCCUUCAUAUUAAGUUGGUGUUGAAAAUGUUUAGAGCUAUUGAGUUGUUAAAAUCUCUUGAAGUUUCAUUGAGUCAAAGCAAACCAAAACAAGCUUUCCAUAAUUGUGAAGAUGGAAAAGUCAUUUUUGCUUGGUUUGGAUGGUUAAGCUUAGAAAAAGAAGAGUUCAUUGACACCCUUUGUUUUCUUUCUAAGGCUAUUAUGCUCCCAAAAGUUACAACCAAAUAUGGUCUAUCACAAUUUUGCUUGAAGAAUGCACGUCUUAUAUUUUGUACAGCUUCAAGUUCUUGUAAAUUGAAGACAGAAGAAAUGAAAUUAGUGCAAUUUUUAGUGAUUGAUGAAGCUGCUCAACUUAAAGAAUGUGAAUCAGCUAUUCCAUUACAAUUACCUGGUCUCGAACGUUGUAUUCUCAUUGGUGAUGAGAGACAACUUCCUGCAAUGGUCAAAAGCAAGAUUGCUGACAGGGCUGAAUUUGGAAGAAGCUUGUUUGAGAGGCUAGUAUUGUUGGGAUACAAGAAGCAUAUGCUUAGUGUGCAAUAUAGAAUGCAUCAAUCUAUUAGCUUGUUCCCAAGUAAAGAAUUCUAUGAUGAUCAACUUUCUGAUGCCAACAUUGUGACAGAGGAAAGCUAUAACAAGCUUUUCCUUGAAGGAAACAUGUAUGGUUCGUACUCUUUCAUUAACAUAUCUAAGGGUAAAGAGCAAUGUAAUCAUGACUAUAGUUUGAAGAACAUGAUUGAAGCUGCUGCUAUUUCUGAGAUUAUUAGAAGCCUUAAAAAGGAAUAUUUAAGGACAAGGAGGAAAGUUAGCAUAGGGAUCAUAUCUCCAUACAAGGCUCAAGUUUAUGAAAUCCAAGAGAAAGUUAAGAAGUACAUGGUUUCUGAUCCUCACUUUUGUGUUAAUGUUCGUUCUGUUGAUGGCUUUCAAGGUGGUGAAGAAGACAUUAUAAUAAUGUCAACUGUGAGAUCUAAUGGGAGUGGAAAAGUAGGUUUUCUUUCCAAUAGACAAAGAACUAAUGUUGCAAUCACAAGGGCUAGAUAUUGCCUUUGGAUUGUAGGAAAUGCUUCAACUUUAAUCAACAAUGACUCUGUGUGGAGAAAGGUUGUUCUUGAUGCUAAAGAAAGAAAUUGUUUCCAUAAUGCUGAUGAGGACAAGAAAUUAAAUCAAGUUAUUGAGGAUGCAUUGUUUGAGUUUGAAGUACUUGAAGAAUCUUCAUCAUCAUUUAACAAACUUAGAAUAAGUGACAAGUCAGAAACAACUACACUUAGAAUAAGUGACAAGUCAGAAACAACUACUUUCUCUAGCAAACCAUUGAAAUUAUGGAUGAACAAGGAAUAAUGGAGGAAGAUUUGACUAUAGUUCGAUUGUCAGCACCAUGGAAAAUUAGUGAAGACUGAAGACAUUGAAAACAGUUACAUUAUAGAUAGUGAUGCAAAUGAAGUAUACAUUUAUUUUGUCAUUUAAGAGUGUACCUUUCAUUACUUGUUUGUGUUUUGUACUCCAUAUUUUGGUCUCAACUUUAUCCACUUUACAUUUUUUAAA